UGUUCAAGCGUGACAUCGUCGAUAUUAACAUGAUCGAGUACACCGUUCAUCUGUUGUAAUACUUGAUCUGUGUCAUCACUGAGCACAACUGUUCAAACUCGGGUGCCUUUUGAGGGUUUCAUUUAAUUUGAUAUGGGCAACAAAUCUUCUCAGAGUUUUAAAGAUCCUUUGAUGUCAGAAAAAUGUCGAAAUGCAAGAGAGAAAAUUAGUGUCGCACGUGAGAAAUUCUUGUCAGCUUUGAAAGAAGAAUGUGACCAACACGAUGGUGAUAUAGAUUUUGAUUACAACUCUCUACCGCAUCAUGGGGAUGAAAAUUGUAUCGAGAUUGAUCCAACACAUUACAGUUUUCCUUUUGAGAAUCUGGUUCUAGAAGGAGGAGGAGUCAAGGGUCUGGUUUACGGUGGAGCUGGAAAGGAGCUAGAAGAACAUGGAAUUUUAAAACAGAUUCACAGAUUUGCUGGCGCCAGCGCAGGCGCAAUAAGUGCUGCAUUGUUCGCUGUCGGAUUCAAUUCAUACGAUGUUGAGCAUAUAAUGAAAGUUGACCUAGAACCUAUUAUUUGUGAUGCACCCUAUGGUUACUUCAGCCUGAUCCCAAAUAUGAUAUCAGGCUAUGGUUGGCAUCCGGGAGUCAAAUUGAUGAAAUUUCUUGGGGAAGUUAUAUCUAUGAAGACUGGUGACCCAGAUAUAACAUUCGCUGAGGUAUACAAACAAUUUGGUAAUGAAUUGUGUAUCAUCAUUGCGAAUGUCAAUACAAUGUCAGAAGAAUAUUGUCAUGUAAAAACAACACCAGAUAUGCCUGUUAGAUUGGCAGUCCGUAUGUCAAUGUCUAUUCCUGGUUUGUUUCAAAGUUUACAGAGUAAACUGUACCAUAAAACAAAUAACUAUGUAGAUGGUGGAGUUUUUUGUAACUACCCUAUUCAUUGUUAUGAUGGCUGGUGGCUUUCGAUGAAGCAAAAAGAUAGUUUCUUACAUAGAAUUCAGCCUAUCGGUAAUAUAGUAUCGCUGAUGGAUAGAAACAACAGGUUUGAAAGUGGAGCGGAUUCAACAAAAACCCUUGGGUGCAUUGUUUUUUCUCUUGAUGAGGACGAAUAUCAUAAACAAUUGGUAUUAAAGAAAUCUGGCGUUCCCAUGGGAAAAUUACCGAAUACGAAAUUGGCAAGAAAUUGGGCAAAAGCAGAUCAAGGAAAGUGUAAAAUACACAAUGUAUAUGCAGACGUAACUGAAGCUGCGACAGAAUUCUUCAACGUUAUGCAAGAAAACGACUUAGAUGGCAAUAACGUCAUUUCAAAAGAAGAAUUCAAAAAAGCUUUUUCUGAAGCCGGAUUUAAAGAGAAAUACAGCAAAUUGUUAUUCGGAGAGGAAUGUGGUCCUGAUCUUGCAUUCGACGCUUUAGACAGAGACGACAGUGGUAGUAUUAAUUACAAUGAACUGCUAAAUUUUAUUGAAGUAACAGGUGUUUGCAUGCAGGAGACAUACCUCGGAGUAAAACGCAAAGAAAUCGAUGGCUUUUUCAGCUUUUUGGGGACUAUUUUUAAUGCUCUCUCAACCAAUGCCGGUAGAAAAUUUACUCAGAGUUCUGACAUAAAUAGAACGAUUGGAAUAAGUUCAUGGUACAUCAAGACAACCAAUUUUGAUUUGGAAGAUGAAGACAAGAAUUUCUUAAUAAAUCAAGGAAGAAAGUCUACUCUGAAAUACUUACAGCAUUUCGUACGUGACAAUAAACUGGAAAAAGUUUCCGAGGAUGUAAUCAAUGCCAGGGAUAUUCCGUAUAAACCAAGUCUUACAGAUGCACAGCUAGAAGCGAUUUCUAAAAUGUAGUAAAUUAUGAUUAUAUUUCGACAAUAUAUAUAUAUAUAUAUAUAUGGUAAUGUAGUUUGAAUACAGUAUUAUUGGUAUUUGAGAUGAAGAAUAAUUCUUUAAUAUUCAUACAAGAUAGACAAAUCAACAGAAAAAAGGUGUGAUGGAUAAAUUAUAUGUUAAAUUAUUGAUAUGAUGAUAAAUUAAUAAAUGUUCCUUCUGUUCUUUCA